CUAAUUCCUAGUCCGCCCUUCUUUCUAAUCGCAUCGACCGGCAGCAGACUGAAUUCAGCGCACGGGGAUCGCCGGAGUCGUCGGGCGCGCAUUCGACUAGUCAGGCUGCUUCAGUCCCCCAACUCCAACUCGCUCCGCGACUCGGUCGAAAACCUCCCGUUUCGCUCGCUCGCCUCUCGGACUUCUCAGCUCAUCCCUUCUCGCUUGUACUACUGUGAAAGGAAAGCCGCCCGUCUAUGAGCGAUGGAUCAGAGCCAGCGGUCGUUAACCACCACAGCAACAGCUUCUCGGGGCUACCAGUUUCAUCCAGCUCGAGCUGCCAUCGUCGACCUCUUCAAUCUCUACUUAGGAAGAAAUAAUCGCCAAAAGCCUGACGAUUCAAUUCGUGAUCCGCCGAACAGGGCACAGAAGCGUAUUCAUGCUCUUAAUAGAGAUUUGCCGCCACGAAAUGAGCAGUUCCUUAUAGAUUUUGAGCAGCUCCGCCUCCAGUUUCCUGAUCAAGACCAAUUGCGUGCAGUCACCGAAUCUGUACUUGUAUCUCUGGUUGUUCAGUGUAGUAAUCACGCCCCACGAGCCGAGUUUCUUUUGUUUGCUUCACGAAGCCUUUCCAGCAUUGGCUACAUAAACUGGGACAGCUUCUUGCCAUGUCUUCUUUCUUCGGUGUCUUCUGCAGAAAUGACAGUCGCCCAGUCUGGUCAAGCACUGCCUGCCAAUUCAUCUACAGAUGUUUCAGGCAAUGGGCAACAAUCUAAUACUAGGGCCAGCUCAUCUUCGAGGGAUAAUGCUUUAAGCAGUUUGCGGCAACUUGGUUGCAAGAUAGUUCUAAUUGGUCUAGGGUUUAAUUUGAAGCCAGUGACCCACAUUGAUGUCUUCUGCCAUAUGUUGAAUUGGUUGGUGAACUGGGAUCAGAAGCAGCAUGGUGCCGAUGAAUCUGAUGGCAGGAAAACUUGGAGGCCUGACAAGACUCUUGUUGAAUGGCUGCAUAGUUGUCUAGAUGUGGUCUGGUUAUUGGUUGAUGAGGAUAAAUGUCGCGUUCCAUUUUAUGAGUUGCUGCGAAGUGGUGUGCAGUUUAUAGAAAACAUACCAGAUGAUGAAGCCUUGUUUACGCUCAUCCUAGAGAUCCAUAGGAGACGAGAUAUGAUGGCGAUGCACAUGCAAAUGUUAGAUCAACACCUUCAUUGCCCUUCAUUUGGUACUCAUCGGUUUCUCUCUCAGACAACUACCAAUCUUCAAGUUGAAGUGGUUGCAAACCUGCGUUAUUCCCCAAUCACAUACCCUAGUGUACUUGGAGAGCCGCUGCAUGGAGAGGAUUUAGCAAAUUCUAUUCAGAAGGGAAGCUUGGACUGGGAAAGAGCUUUGCGAUGUAUCAGACAUGCUCUUCGUGCUACUCCAUCUCCAGACUGGUGGAAGCGUGUUCUCCUUGUGGCUCCCAGCUAUAGGAAUCCUGCUCAGAUGCCAACUCCUGGUGCUGUAUUCACUUCUAGUAUGAUUUGUGAGGCCACUAUUGAUCGCAUAGUUGAACUAUUGAAGUUGACAAACUCAGAAAUAAGUUGCUGGCAGGAGUGGCUUGUCUUCUCUGAUAUUUUCUUUUUCCUCGUCAAAAGUGGAUGUAUUGAUUUUGUUGAUUUUGUCGACAAGCUUGUCUCACGACUCACAGGGGGUGAUCAGAAUUUUCUGCGAACCAAUCAUGUUACUUGGCUGCUUGCACAAGUUAUUAAGACUGAGCUUGUGAUGAACGCUUUAAAAUCAGAUCCUAGAAAGGUAGAGACUAUCAGGAAGAUUAUAUCCUUCCACAGGGAGGACCGGAGUUCGGAUCCCAAUAAUCCUCAGAGCAUUCUUCUUGAUUUUAUAAGCAGUUGUCAGAACUUGCGUAUUUGGUCAUUGAACACAUCAACAAGGGAAUAUUUGAAUAAUGAACAGCUUCACAAAGGAAAGCAAAUAGAUGAAUGGUGGACGCAAGUGGGCAAAGGGGAUCGCAUGUUGGAUUACAUGAAUAUGGAUGAUAGAUCAAUUGGAAUGUUUUGGGUUUUUUCAUUCACAAUGGCACAGCCUGCUAGUGAAGCAGUGGUAAACUGGUUAUCAUCAGCUGGAGUUUCUGAGUUAUUGCAAGGAACAAAUAUACAGUCCAAUGAAAGAGUAAUGGUGUUGCGAGAAGUAAGCCCAGUGCCCAUGUCAUUAUUGUCGGGGCUUUCGAUGAAUCUAUGCUUGAAAUUGGUCCAACAGUUAGAAGAUUCUUUGUUUGCCGGGCAGGUUGUUCCGAGUGUUGCUAUGGUUGAAACAUAUUGCCGGUUGCUCCUCAUUGCACCUCACUCGUUGUUUCGGUCACACUUCACGUGGUGCAGCCCUAUUCGCGAUUUCAUUAGGAUAUCCAUUAAAAGAGCUUCUGUUCUGUCUCUCCACAGCAUUUGGCCCAGAGGUAUCCAGCUUUGUGGAGCAAGCCGGGGGUAACUCUUCUGGUGCUCGAAAUUGUAAACUAUAGGUUACUUCCUCUAUACAGUUUGUAGGUACGGAGGGAAGAACAAAACCUUGAUGUAUGAUGUCACCAAAAUUGUUGCUACUCUAAAAGGGAAACGUGGAGAUCAUCGAAUAUUCAGGCUGGCUGAAAAUGUGUGCAUGAAUCUAAUUUUAUCCUUGAGGGAUUUUUUCAACGUCAAACGAGAAGGGAAGGGUCCAACAGAGUUUACGGAAACUCUGAACCGUAUUACCAUAAUUACUCUUGCAAUCAUCAUAAAGACCCGUGGAAUUGCUGAUGCUGAUCAUUUGCUUUAUCUUCAAAGCAUGUUGGAACAGGUAAUGGCAACCAGCCAGCAUACAUGGUCAGAGAAGACACUGUGCUAUUUCCCUCCUCUUCUUCGGGAUGCUUUAAUAGGUAGAAUGGAUAAGCGGGGUUUGGCUAUUCAGGCAUGGCAACAGGCAGAAACUACUGUAAUAAACCAGUGUACACAGCUUCUCUCACCAUCUGCCGAUCCUACAUAUGUCAUGACUUACAUCAAUCACAGUUUUCCUCAGCAUCGACAAUAUCUUUGUGCUGGUGCAUGGGUUCUCAUGCAGGGGCACCCUGAAAGCAUUAACGGUGGACAUCUGGCACGUGUUUUGCGAGAAUUCUCACCUGAAGAAGUGACAGACAAUAUAUAUACAAUGGUCGAUGUCCUCCUUCACCACAUUCAUAUGGAACUUCAACAUGGACAUUCUUUACAGGACCUUCUGAUGAAGACUUGUACAAACCUUGCAUUUUUUGUUUGGACAAAUGAGCUGCUUCCAUUGGAUAUUUUGCUUCUGGCGUUGAUUGACAGAGAUGAUGAUCCUCAUGCUUUGCGCAUUGUGAUUAGUUUACUUGAUAGACAAGAGCUUCAACAAAGAGUGAAACUCUUCUGUCUGAAUCGUGGACCUCCUGAACAUUGGCUUUACUCUGGCAUUUUCAAGCGCCUGGAGUUGCAUAAGGCUCUUGGAAUUCAUCUUUCUUGGAAAGACAGGAAUCCUACAUUCUUUGACGAUAUUGCAGCCCGGUUGCUGCCAGUAAUUCCUUUGAUUGUCUAUAGGCUUAUUGAGAAUGAUGCUAUAGACCCUGCAGACAGAGUCCUUGCGAUGUAUUCUCCAUUUCUAGCUUAUCACCCAUUCAGAUUCACUUUUGUGCGUGACAUACUUGCAUAUUUCUAUGGUCAUCUUCCUGGAAAGAUCAUUGUGCGUAUAUUAAAUGUGCUAGACCUUAGCAAGAUCCCAUUUUCUGAAUCAUUCCCACAGCACAUUAGUUCGUCAAACCCUGUUAUGAGCCCACCACCCGAGUAUUUUGCAACUCUUCUGUUGGGAUUGGUAAACAAUGUGAUACCUCCUUUACAUAUCAACUCAAAGUAUGGGUCUGUUGGGGAAUGCCUUAAUGUUUCUGGGCGCACCUCACAUAACAAGACUCCAGGAACAUCUCAACCGAGUGCAAACAGUUCUGAGGGACAGAAGGCAUUUUACCAAAUUCAGGAUCCUGGAACACAUACGCAGCUGGUUCUUGAAACUGCAGUGAUAGAGCUGCUUUCUCUUCCAGUGUCCACAUCCCAAAUUGUUUCAAGUCUAGUUCAAGUUGUGGUAAAUAUACAGCCAACCUUAAUCCAGUCCAGUAAUGGUGGCUUUCAUGGAACUCCAAAUAGUGUUGGGCAAGGAUCUGGUUUGCCGACAUCUCCUUCUGGGGGAAGCACUGAUUCCUUGGGUUCAAGCAGAUCAGCACCUUCAGGUGCAGGGAUCAGUGCGUCUAAUUUUGUUUCUCGGAGUGGCUAUACUUGCCAGCAACUUUCUUGCCUUAUGAUACAAGCAUGUGGUCUCCUACUGGCUCAGCUGCCUCCUGAUUUCCAUAUGCAACUCUAUGUUGAGGCAUCGCGUAUUGUGAAGGAAACAUGGUGGCUUAGUGAUGACAAAAGGCCCAUUGGGGAACUAGAUUCUGCAGUUGGCUAUGCUUUACUUGAUCCAACUUGGGCUGCUCAAGACAACACCUCCACUGCCAUUGGUAAGCACAAGUUUUUCUUUAUUUUCUAUAGGUUCCAUCUUAAAUCUUGUCUGGCUUGGUAGCAGUUUCUAUUAGUAUAUCUACCCUACAUUCUAACAGGUAUCUGUUGGCUGAUUUAGCAAGCAAAUUGACUAGUGGCUAUUUAACUUCUUCAACUA